UCUUCCAAUGACCAAUAUUACCAGAAACAAAACCAACAAGUAAAGAACGAUGUCCAUCAAAAUCGUGCGGCGGCCCCCUUCUUGUUUAUCUUUGUACAAGUAGAAAUUUAGAAAUGGUCAAGCUGCUUUUUUUUUGCCGGGAUACUUAGCUUUAAUAGUUUCAUCUUUUUAAAAAAAACAUCAUCUUUUUUUUUUUUAACUUUAUUGUGUUUCUCUCUGCUUUCUUCUGCAACUUUCAUCUUGAUAUAAUUCGGAUUCUCUAUUGUCACUAAUUCAUUUCUCUGUAAAUUCUUCUUACCUACCACAAAAUAUAAAAUUGUUUAAUUUUUUUUAAAAAAAGUCCUUUCUCUUGUUCUUCUGCUUUGUAAUUUUUUCAUUUAGAGGUGGGUGUUGGGAGAAUUUCUGAAUUGUAUGAUGCAGUAGGAAUAUGAUUUUGUUUUAAAGGUUUUUUUUGGGGUUUAAUGAAGUGUAAUUUUUGUCCUGGGUGCUAAUCGGACAAUCAAGGGUAAACAGUGAAGGUUUGAUAAAGGAAGAAUAUAACAAACCAACAAUUUUCUGGGUUGCUCUCUACUAUUGGUAUUCUGGACAUGGGAUCUGAUGUCUCUGAAGUGCAGGAAAAAUCAACACAAACCCUUUCUAUUAAGGUGCAUAUAUCUAUGUGUACACAACUCCUGGGACUUGUUGAAAUUAUCGAUAGUAUAAUUCCAGUUAUUGAAGCAGCUCAACCUAGGUGCUCCCUAGGAUUACAGGCACUUUCCCAUUUACGCAUUGCAAUUGAGAAAGCCAGGGAACUUGUUCAGAAUUGCUGCAUGUCUAGUAAGCUGUACCUGGCAAUGACAGGGGAGACAGUAAAAUCGAGAUUUGAGAAAGCAAAAAAUCGUAUGGAGCAAAAUUUGAGCCAACUUCAAAAUAUGGUUCCUGUGGCUUUGAAACAGGAGAUGUCUGACAUACUUGUUGGUCUAAGAGGUAUAAAAUUCUCCUUGGACUCAUGUGAAGAAUUGGCUGGCAAAGCAUUACGAGCAAUACUGCAGCAAGAUCCUUCUCUUGUAAAUUCUGCUGGAAAUUCGGAGAUAGAGUUGCUUCAGUUCGCAGCUUCAAUGCUUCAUCUAACGACACAAAAAGACCUUAAGAUAGAAAGAAGACGCUUAAAGAAUCUCCUUAAUGACGUGAAAGAGGAAGGGUCAACAAAAUGGAAGACUCUGAAAUACCUUCUUUAUCUCCUGAACAAGUAUGAAAAACUUAUUGUGCAAGGGCAAACAAGAAGCUUCUCAACUCAGCAUGAUUUAGCUUUUUCUGUGAAGUCUGAUAGCGAAUCUAUAACAACCCAGUCUCCUGAUCUUGAUUCCCGUGCAGACAAUUUCAACUAUCUUCGCAGGCCUGACCCACCUGAGGGAUUUAUAUGCCCCCUAUCCUCAAGGUUGAUGUAUGACCCUGUUAUGAUUUCUUCUGGACAAACUUAUGAAAGGGCAUCCAUACAAAAAUGGUUUGAUGAGGGUCAUGAUACCUGUCCAAAAACAGGGAUGAAGCUAUCGAAUCUGUCCAUUACACCCAAUACUACCAUGAGGAAGUUGAUCUUAAAGUGGUCUAUGGAAUAUGGCAGUGAAUUUUCUGACCCAAGUAUAGUUGCAUCAGUAUAUGGCUCCCUUGAGACUUCUUCAAAUUCCAUCCGUAGCACUGCAAGUUCUAUGAAAGAUAUAAAUCUUCAAAUAGAUAUAAGCAACUUAUCCCUUGGAUCUCUUGAUAGCAGUUACAGUACUAUAUCACAUGCUAAGCUUGAGAACAGUUUUGGCUCUAUUAAGAAGUCUUCUGCUGUUGAAUUUCAUAGAUUUCAGUUCUACUCUAGCAUUAAUGACAUUAGAAAGCAGUUCUUAUCUAAUGUCAGGGAACUUCCUUGGGAAUCACAGUGUACAGCUAUUCAAGAUGUUAAUACUUAUUUGAAUGACUAUAAUCCUUCUUGUUCUUUUGUCUCUUCCGAGAAUUUUCUGGAUCCACUGAUUUUGUUCUUGGAAGAUGCUCUUGGCAAGUGUGAUAAAGAUGCUCAAAAAGCUGGAAUUGAAGUGCUAUCAACUUUUCUCCAAUCAAAGAGGAAGGAACCCGCACUUUUAAAUGAGGAUAUAUAUUGUCUCUUGGCUUCUUUCCUUGCAACUGAAGCUGCUGCUGAAACACUUGCCAUAAUGGAAUUAUUAUCUACUGAGGUUGAUUUUUUCAUAUUUGCAGCAUCAGGUGCUCUGAAUUCAAUUCUCAAAAUACUUGAUGAUAGCCACAAAAAAGAUCUUCAAGAAUCAGCCCUUAAACUACUGUAUAGUCUUUCAUCGAGAAUUGAUAGUUCAUCGUGCAACUUAGCUCCAGAUUGGAUACCUAUAUUGGUUCCUUUCUUGGAAGAUAGCUCAGUUGCUGGAACUUGUUUAGGCAUUUUGGAGAAGUUGUGUCAGUUUGAAGAGACUAGGAUUUCUAUUGCUGAGACCCAAGGCUGCAUUGCAUCAAUCAUUAAGGUACUUGAGGAUUGCAGCUACAAGGACCAAGAACAUGCAGUCCGUAUUCUUCUUGAUUUAUGUUCUCAACGCGAAUAUUUUUGUCAAAAGGUCAUACGUGAGGGAUGUAUACCUGCUGUCCAUUAUGUAUCAGUCAAAGGAAGCGACAAAGGAAAGGCAAUCGCAUCAGAAUUGCUCCGGCAGCUGAAUGAGACUAGAUUUGAAGAAGAAAAGCAAGAGUGCCUUAGAUCUACUGGUGAUGUACCCGUGGCUUUUCAUGUGGGAAAUGAUGCUCAAAAGUCUUCCAAAUCACCUGGUUUUAUCAGGAAACUCUUCAGAAAGAAGUGAUGCUCUUUUCAAAUGGUAUGAAAGGUAACAACUUUGCUGAUUCCUUAACCAAAAUUUUGAAGUAAACUAAUGAUGUAGUUUUUUUUUUUUUAAACAACUAAUGAUGUAGAUAAAGAGUGUCAAAUUGGUUAAUUUGCUACUUGCUAACUUACUACUAGUUGCUAACUGAUCCAUUACUGAUGUAGUUGCUUCUAUAUGUACUGAUGUAUAUAGCAUUCAUGUUUUCGGUCGGCCGUGUGAAUUUUUUUUCACCUGCUUGGUAUGAGGUAACAAUUGUAGGUAAAAUAUUUAGACUAUGGAACUUUGCCACUGAAUUACCAAAAUUACUCGUUUUAGUUACCUCCA